AUGACAGUCGAAAAAACGGUUCUGGCACGCGAUCUUUCGCAUCUCUUCUCCGAUGAGGCCUGCCGGCGAAAACCGUCGCCCAUCAAAACCACGAUGGCGUACUUUCAAGACCCCAGCGUCGUUUUUUUGGGCGCUGGAAUGCCUCCCUCCGAUAUUUUCCCGCUGCGGUCCAUCUCUGUGGAGGCGCCCAAGCCGCCAUUUACCAACGGGCUCGCCUUGUGCGAAGACACGAUCGUUGCUUCGCUCGCCAAGGAACACCAAGACCUCACUUUUGACCAAGACAUCCCGCUGGCUCGGGCAUUGCAGUACGGGAAUUCUCGUGGGCAAAAAGAACUUCUAAGCUUCUUGAAAGAGCACACCAAGCUUUUCCACAAUAUUCCCUAUCAAGAUUGGGACAUCAUCACAACCACAGGCUCCACCCAAAGCUGGGACGCUUCCUUGCGCAUCUUCUGCAACAAAGGAGACACUGUGUUACUCGAGGAGUACACGUAUUCAUCGUCGGUAGAAGCGGCAGAAGCUCAGGGUCUCAACUGUAUUCCAAUGGCCAUGGACCAGGAAGGAAUAAGGCCUGACCGUUUAGAAGACUUGCUGGCCAACUGGACCACUUAUCACCCAGGCAUUCCCAUGCCCAAACUUUUGUACACCAUUCCCACGGGCCAAAAUCCCACCGGUAGUACCAUGAGCGAUAGUCGCAAACCUCACAUUUACCACUUGGCUCAGAAGUAUGACAUGAUCAUCAUUGAAGAUGAACCUUACUAUUUCUUGCAGAUGGAUGCUUAUUUGCCCGAGAACGAACGCGACCCUGAUGCGAAUGCUGAAAACGUUUCCCACGCAAGUUUCAUGCGCUCAUUGUGUCGGUCAUUUUUGGAGCUCGACACUGAAGGAAGGGUUGUGCGGUUGGAUUCUGUGUCCAAGACAUUUGCCCCCGGAUGUAGAUUGGGCUGGAUAGUGGGCUCCAAACAAUUGCUCGAUACAUACUGGAAUUUGCAUGAGGUCUCCAUUCAGUCAACCUGUGGUUUUGCGCAAAGUAUUUUGAGCGGUAUUCUCAACAGAUGGGGUCAGGAUGGUUACAUUUCUUGGCUCAAGGGUCUACGGCAGCAGUAUACAACGAAAAGAAACUGGUGUUUGGAUAAUUGUUCCAAAUUUUUACCUAGCCAGGUAGUGACGGUGCCGCGCGUUUCUGCUGGUAUGUUCUUCAUGAUCCUAAUAGACGCCCAAAAGCAUCCAGACUUUCAAACAACUUUCAAGGGCGACGUCAAGUUACUAGAACCAUAUAUUUACCAAAAAUGUGUCUCCGCAGGUGUUCUGGUGGCCUGUGGUUCUUGGUUUAAAGUCAACGGGCCAGAUUCCUCUAAGUUGGUGCAAUGCGACGAAGAAUCAAAAACAUUGAUAUUUCGGGGAACCUACGCUUCGGUGCCACCAGAAGCUAUGGUUAAAGGCUUACAGCUUCUAGGGAAUGAAUUAAGAAAAGAAUUCAAAUUGGAGUGA